UCCCCUCACGCCCGGGGGGCGGGGCCGGGGCUCAGCGCGGGAAAGCGGCCACCGCGGCCACGUGCCCCGCCUGUGGUGAGGGGACGCGCGCGCGGGAAGGGCCUACAUGGCCGCCGCGAUGUGCUCGUUCCGGGUCGUGGCGGGCGGCGACGAGGGCAGCGACAGCGAUGACGGCGACUGGGACAUUGGCGUCGUGCGGCAGGAGCCACAGCAGUUGGAUCAAAUGUUGCAGGUGGACAAGCAUGAGGCAUUAAAGAAGGCUCUGUUUCGUGGUGAUGUGUCAUUAAUUGAGGAACUCUUAAACUUGGGUAUCAGCAUAGAAACUAGCUUUCAGUUUGGAUGGACUCCCCUGAUGUGUGCAGCCAGCGUGGCUAACUUUGCAGUAGUACGUCUUCUUCUGGACAGAGGUGCUAAUGCAUGUUUUGAAAUAGAUAAAUACACUGUGUUGAUGGCAGCGUGUACUGCACAAGCUUCAGAGGAAAACAUCUUGAACACUGUCGAACUGCUUUUAUCAAGGAAUGCUGACCCUAACCUUGCUUGCAGGAAGCAAAUGACUGCACUGAUGUAUGCAGCUAGAAAAGGCUAUCCUCGUGUUGUUGCUUUUCUUGUCGCUCAUGGAUCACACAUAAAUGCCCAAGAUGAAAAUGGGUAUACAGCAUUAAUAUGGGCGGCACAGCAUGGACAUAAAAGUGUCAUUUUGAAGUUACUUGAGCUGGGAGCUGACAAAAAUCUACAGACCAAGGAUGAAAAAACAGCAGCAGAGCUAGCAAAAAUCAAUAAACAUUUAGAGAUAUUUAGUUUGCUCUCGUUGGCUGCAAAUCACUUGCAAGGGAGAUACCAUAAAACAGUUGAGCAAGAGGCUAUGUGCAAAUUUCUGACGGCUGUCUCUGACCACAGUGUUGGUUCCUAUUCAACUUUUCAUGACAUGGAAGUGUUUUUACAUGGUCUUGGUCUGGAACACAUUAGAGGAUUAUUGCAGGAACAAGAUAUAGCUUUAAGACAACUUCUGACCAUGCAAAAAGAUGACUUAAUACAGAUUGGCAUUACAAAUCCUGGAGAUCAACAGAAACUCCUAGAUGCUAUUAAUGAUCUGCAAGUGGAAGAAAAAAAAUUUGAAGACAUCUCUGAAAUUAUGAAGCUGGAAUUGAGUGAAGAUGAAUUGCUCAAGUUUCUUCAGAAGUUGGAUAAAGAGUGUAGUAAGCUGAUCAUUCCUGUGCAGACCAUGAAUAACCAUUUCCUCAAGAAUUCUCACAAGAUGGUACUGCAGUGGGCACCAACUGAAUGUUAUAUUGAAGUCUGCAAAGACGUGAUUUGCAGUGUUAAAAAGUUGGGAGAAGAAGUUGGCAAACUGAAGGACCUCGUGGUGGAGUAUGACGAGAAGAAUAAACCUAACCAAGUGAAACUUCGAGAAAAAGCAGCCUCCUUGGAAAAAAGAUUAGUAAAAAUGGGAGUGGUAACAUUGCUUGGAUUCGGUUUUUUCUUAUGUGUAAUUAAAUUAGUAGCAAAGAGAACCUGAAUUUAAGUUUAGUGCUGUUUCUCAUCAUAUCUGUAGUAAUUGUAUCUCGUAUGAACUUUGAACUAAAAAUAAAGUUACUAAAAAUUAAAACAGUUA